UCCCGGUCGGUCGUUAAGAGUACCUAUUAUUAUUUAUAUUUUUCCGCGGUCAGUUGUACUUUUAUUUAAAAAUGCCGAAAUGUAAGUCGUCUUGUUCAAUUCGUCUUAAAAGUUUUGUAGACGAGUUUGGAAACGAUGUUUUUUCUACGGAUGGAACAGUUUUGUAUUGUAAAGUGUGUGAAAUUAAAGUUGGAUCUGAACGUCGCUUUACCGUCGAACAACACUUGAAGACAGCCAAACAUAUUCGCACAGCUGAUCAACAGAAACAAACUCAGUCACAACAACUAAUUUCCAAUGUGGUCGGUAAAAAAUCAUCAUUUUACAUGGAUAUGUGUAGAGCGUUUCUUGGAGCCAAUAUCCCUUUCCACAAGGUGAAUAAUAAAAUAUUUCGUAAUUUUUUAACAAAAUAUACAGGUAAAGAAAUACCAGAAGAGUCAACUUUACGCAAAAAUUAUUUAACUGAUUGUUAUGAAGAAACAAUUAAAAAAAUUAGGAAUGAUGUCGUUGGCAAAAAAAUAUUUGUUUCUAUAGACGAAACAACAGAUUGCGAAGGCCGCUACGUAGCAAACGUGAUUAUUGGUAUUCUUGAUAAAAAUACGCCGGGUAAAUUGUAUUUAUUGAACUCUGAAGAGUUAGAUAAAGCAAAUUACUUCACAAUUAGUAAAGUUUUUGAUCAAUCGAUGUUUCUGUUAUGGCCAGAAGGUAUUCGUCACGAUGAUGUUCUUUUAUUUGUUACUGAUGCCGCCCCCUAUAUGAUUAAAGCUGCAAAUUCGUUAAAAGCGCUUUAUUCAAAAAUGGUGCACGUCACCUGUCUUGCACAUGCACAUCAUAGAGUAGCGGAAACAAUUCGUGGAAAAUUCAAUAAUGUAGACGGACUUGUGUCAAACGUUAAAAAAGUAUUUUUGAAAGCACCAUCACGUUUAGAGAUUUUUAAAACAGAAGCUUCUGGUAUUCCUCUACCUCCGGUGCCUAUAAUAACACGUUGGGGAACAUGGUUAGAGGCGGCAUUUUACUAUUCUGAUAAUUUUACAACUAUACAAAAUGUAUUUUCAAAAUUAAACCCAGAUGACGCAGUUUCAAUCGAAAAAAGUAUUAGCAUUAUGGCUGAGCCAAAUUUAGGCCCAAACUUAACAUUCAUUCAGUCCAACUUUAGAUGUUUACCAGUCAAUAUAACUAAAUUAGAAUCAUCUGGAUUAACUUUGUUUGAAUCAAUUAAUGUUGUCAAUAAUACUAGAGAAACCCUCAAAAUGGCUAAUGGAAAAGUGGGAAAAGAAAUUUACGACAAAUUUCAGAACGUAAUUGAAAAGAAUGCUGGGUUUAAAACUUUGGUACAGAUUUCUAAAAUACAUUCUGGUGAAGUUGAUACUAUGGAAGGAAUAGAACAAGAUUUGAAGGUUGAGGAUCUUGCAUUCUUCAAGUAUGCUCCAAUAACGUCGGUAGAUGUAGAACGAAGUUUUUCACGUUACAAAAAUUUACUUUCCGAUAACAGACGCAGCUACAAGUUUGAUCAAAUUAAAAAAACUAUUGUAUCACAGUGUAACGCUGAUAAUUUAAUAAUGUAA